GCAGCACCGUGGGGCUGGCCUGGGCUGAAGGUGCACGGGUGGGACCUGGGUCCCCCUCCCUGGGUCCCGCUGCAGGUGGGAACAGGGAAGCCCUGCCAUGUAAGGGCUAAAAAUCAGCUAUUGCCUCAACACAGCUUUCUCUUCCCUGAAAAUCCUAUUAAAACCUCAUUUUUCUGACCCUAAUCUCAGCUUGCUGUUCAGGAGGGAUUAGUGUUUGCCCUCUCCCCCCCCCGGCCCCCUGUGCUCCUGCGCUGUGCAGGCUCCGGGCUGGGGAAACCUCUGCCGGUGCCGGAGGAGGGGGCUCAGCAGGGCCCCGCGCACGGUGGUGGCGGCAGGGCCGGCAGCUGCCCGUCCCCCCGGUCCCUCUGGUCCCUCUGUCCUCUGUUCUUGCCCCGGCGUGACGUUAUCCUCGCAGCCUGCCAAGGGCUGGUGAUGCUUUCGCUGGCAGGGACCCAGGGCCACAGCUGGGAUGGGGGGGGGGGUCAGCGUGGGGCUGCGGUGCCCCCCCGAGCUGGGACACCGCUGGGACAUCAGCGGGGCUCCUCUGGGCUCCCGUGUGCCUCAGCUUCGCAGCAGCUCGCCCGUGCUCCCUGCUCGGCCCUGCAGGAGCGGCGUCGGGCGCUUCCCAUCGGAUCCGAGGCUGCGGGAGGGAGCGGAGGGCAGCGCGGGCAAACCCGGGCGGCGCCGCUGCAGGGUCCCGGGUGGCGCGGAGCAGGCAGGGAGCGAUGCCGGCAGAGGGCCCUGCUGGCCGCUGGCGGCGUGGGUGCGCACGCGUGGGCGCUCGCCCGCUGCCUGCCCCGGCGUGCCGGCGGCGGCGGUGCAUGCCGGGAGCGCGCCGCGUUCCCCCUUGCUCCCGUUUGGCUGUCUAUUUAGGACACUCCUGUGCAAAACACAAGUAUUUUGGAAGGUGUCCAGGCGUGCUCGCAUUCCUCGGGGUGGAAUCUGCCCCCGCGAACGCCGCCUGACCUUUCCCAGUUUGGACUGCGGGAACAAUACUGGGGGGGCCCGACCUCGGCUCAGCCCAGCGCGCCCCGGGGGGAGCGGCCCCCCUGGCCCCCAGCGGCACGCCGUGGGGUCAGCGCCCGCCUGCGUGCUCGGUGCUGCCGGGGAAGGCGUGAGCAGAGGUGGCAGGAUCAGACCCGCUCUCCGUGCUGUCCCCGGGGCUGCCAGCACAGCUCCAGGUGCCGAUGUGCAAUGGGGGGGGAUUGGCCCCCGCUUUGGCCUCGUUGCGCUUUAAGGUGCAGACACCGGGAGCGUGCAGAGGCCGCAGAAUGUCCCUGUUCUGCGUUGGUGCUGAGCAUCAAGGGCUGCGUGGCCAAACGGGGCCACGCAUGGGUGCCAGGGAGCGGUGCUGGGUGGGGGCUCAGCCUGCGCUCCCCACCGGGCCCCCAGCGUGCGGGGUCGCACAGCGCCGUGGCUGCCCAGGGACCACGCAGCUCCGGCUGGGGCCAGCCCCCAGCCCCAGGCUGCAAUUUUCCCCCUUUUUGCGUGGUUUCAGCAGGCAGCAGGGAAGCAAAGCGCCUCCCCCCCCCCCCCGGCCGCUGCUUGGCACCGACAGCUGCCUCAGCCCCGGCUCGCUCCUCCGGCUCGGCGGCUCUGCCUGUCGGGGCAGGCCGGGCAGAUCGGCGGGCUGCCUGUCCCCGGGCUGCAGGCGGGGGCCGGGGCAGCCCCCCCGGGGCGGCUCCCAUGGGACACCCCUGGCACACGCGCCGGGUGACGUGGGGGUGGCCCCGGCGGUGCCCAGGGGCCAGGGGAGGAAAGACAGUGAUGGCUUCGUGUCCCACGUCUCCUCAUCCCGUUCUCUCCCCGGGGUGCUGGCGCAGAGGCACCGGGAUGGUGCCCGGGGGUGUGCUGGGGGCGUGCGGUCGGGUCUCUGGGGGACACGGCUGAGCAGCCCCUGGAGGGGCUUGGGGCACCCACUGGGGCUGUUCUGGGACAAGGUUGUGGUGCCUUGGCCCAGCAGGCGCUGGGGGUGUGCCGAACGCCGUGGUGCCGAUGGCGCGUGGGGGUCCCGGGACCGGCAGGUUGGUCCCACCGUGGUCGUGGUGCAGGGGGGCCGAGGAGAGGAGGGGGCCGUGGCCUGGGGCUGCAAUCCCAGCAAUGCCCGGCAUUUCCCCGGCGCGGCCGCACGUGCCUCCCCCCGGCCUCCAGCGCGGCAGGAAUGCAGCACGGAGCCCUCGUGCGGGGCUGUCCCAGCUGGGGCCGCGGCGGCUGCCCCCCGAGAUGUGCCCAGGGCCCCUGCAGGGAUGCCGAGCUCCAGGUCCCUGUCCCUGGGUGCUCCCGCUCCUUCCUCCCCAUCCUUCCUCCUCCUCCUCUGCACCCCAUGGACCAGCCUGGGCUCCCCCGGGUGCCGCCGUUGUCUUUGCUCUUCCCUCUUUGGGUGCUGCGAGCCCCUCGCAGGGGCGUGCCGGCCGCUGUCAGCCCCGUCCCGGCAUCGCCCGGUGCCCCGCGGCGGGCGAGCGGAGGAAGGAAGGAAGGGGCUGGGAGGAGGGAGAGGAGGAAGCGGGGAGGGUCGGAUGCUGCCCGGGGUGAUGGAGGAAGAAGGGGGCGGCUAA